CUGGUUGCUGCACGUUGUACGUCUCCGUCCCAAAGGCAGUACCUCGUUAACGCAGUCAGAUUCAGCACUGUGUCCAAAUGACACCAACGUCAAAAUGAUGGGCCUUAAAAGUCUUCAACUUCUGUCUCUUCUACUGCUGUCCCAAGGGGUUCAACUUUCUCAAGGAAGUUGUGAAAGUGGGGAGUUCCAGUGCAGUAGUGGACAAUGCAUCAACAAAGCUUGGAGAUGUGAUGGGACUAAAGACUGCACAGAUGACUCAGAUGAGCUGAACUGUCCGACUUCAACAUGCACCUCGCAGGAGUUUAAGUGUGUGACGAGCGGUGAAUGCAUCUCUCUGGGAUUCGUCUGUGAUGGAGAGGACGACUGCGUUGAUGGUUCGGAUGAAAAAAGAACCUGUGGUGGACGGACGUGCAGCCCAGACCAGUACACCUGCCAGGAGGGCCAGUGUGUCCCCAGCAAAUACAGAUGUGACCACGUGAAGGACUGCGUAGACAACUCCGAUGAAAACAACUGCAACUAUCCCCGUUGCACUGAGAAGACCUGUGCGAAUGGGGCCUGUUACAACCACUCGCAGCACUGCAACGGACUGCAGGACUGCCGAGACGGCUCCGAUGAAUUCAACUGCACUACGCAGCACUGUCCCAUCCACCAGUAUCAAUGUGCAAAUGGCUACUGUAUCCCACAUUCAUUUGUGUGUGACCACUGGAAUGACUGUGGAGACAACAGCGAUGAGGAAGGCUGUGCGUACCGGAGCUGUAGUGGCGGUGAGUUCACAUGUUCCAGUGGCCGUUGUAUUCCUCAGCGCUGGGUGUGCGACAAGUUCAAUGACUGCGGUGACUACAGUGAUGAGAGAGGAUGUGACAGUAACUCCCGAGACUGCUACCCUGGCGAGUGGGGAUGCCCAGGCUCCACAGUAUGUAUACCAGUGGGCAAAGUGUGUGACGACCAACCCGACUGUCCCGGAGGAGCAGAUGAGACCAACUCCACAGCACAAAAAACCUGCAGCUUGGAGCAGUGCGCCGCCUUGAGCUGCGAGUUCCUCUGCCACCCGUCUCCCGAGGGAGGCGCUUGCUAUUGCCCCGAUGGUUUCACUGUGGCCAAUGACAGCCGCUCCUGUGUCGACUACAACGACUGUGAAAUCUGGGGGGUCUGUGACCAGCUGUGUGAAGAUCGCCCCGGGACACACCGCUGCAGCUGUGCUGACGGCUACUUCUUGGAGCAGGGCCACGUGUGCAAAGCCAAUGUGUCAGCUGGACUGCCACAGCUUAUUUUCACCAACGGCGGUGAUGUGAUGAUGGCUGAUAUACAUGGACGCUUUGUCAGAACUCUGGUGCCAUCGCAGGGCAAAGGAUUUUCGGUAGGCGUAGCAUACCACUGGCACAGCAACACCGUUUUCUGGAGUGAUACGUACACCAAAAAGGUGUACUCUGCCAACUACAAUGGGGGUGACAUUAAGGAGGUUCUGACUGCUGCCGUCCAGAGUGUCCAGAACCUCGCUGUCGAUUGGAUCAACUUCAAGCUCUAUGUGUUGGAGGCGACGAUGGAGCGAAUUGACGUGUGCGACUUCGGUGGAGAGAAUCGGGUCACGCUGGUGGCUGAAAACCUGCAGACUCCUCAUGGCCUCGCCCUGGACCCUACUGUGGGCUACAUGUUCUUCACAGACAUGGGGGAUGCUGGUGAGCACAUGAAGCUCGAGCGCGCCUUCAUGGAUGGAAGUAAUCGCGUGGAGCUCGUGAAGAGCCGACUCGGCACCCCAACAGGAAUUACCUUAGAUAUCGUCACCAAGAGGGUUUACUGGUCCGACAGUCACUUCGACACGGUGGAGACCGUCACCUACAGCGGAUUGGACAGGAAAAUAGUGCUCAACGGUGGAACCCAGGCUCCGUAUCCUUUCGGAAUCGCCGUGUUUGAAAACCAUGUCUUCUUCACCGACUGGACCAAGAUGGGUGUGGUGAGAGCCAACCGGUUCAACGGCAGCAACCCGGCACUCCUCUAUCGUACCGCAAAGCGGCCGGGUCACGUCGUAGUCUCCCAUGCUGCCCUGCAACCCGUUGUGAUGAACCCGUGCGGCAAACACAACGGUGGAUGUCAGCAGAUUUGCGUUUUGAGUCACCGCACCGACAAUGACGGCCUGGGCUUCCGAUGCAAGUGUCGUCACGGUUAUGACCUGCAAACUGACCGCCGAACGUGUUUCAAGGUGAAGGACUACUUGCUGUUGGCCACCUCUCUCGGGGUGCGGGGGAUUCCACUGAAUAUGUCCCUUCAGGAGGACAUCACGCUGCCCCUCUCAGGGCUCGGGACGUCUUUCUCUGGCUCCGCUGUGGAGUUUGACGGCAACGAGGAAGCCCUUUUCUACAACGACAGGUCCAGAGGCCUCGUCUAUAAGUCCAACCUCAACGGCACUGUCCAACAGAUCUUGACAGGCUACAGAGUGGGAACGAUUGACGCCAUGGCUUACGACUGGACCUCCAAAGUCUUGUUUUGGACCACGAGCACCUACAAAACGGUGGUGGCCUUCAGAGUCCCAGACAAGUCGAGACGAGACAUUGUGACGGGAUUAAGGAACCCAAAAGGAAUCGCAGUGCAUCCCAGCGCUGGCUUUUUGUUUUGGUCCGACUGGUACCGUCCAGCGGUCAUAAUGAGAGGCUUCACUGAUGGCAGCAACGCUGUUCCUCUGGUCAACACAACUCUGGGAUGGCCGUAUGGACUUUCUGUCGACUUUGUGACGGACCGGCUGUAUUGGGUGGAUUCCCAACUGGACCAGAUUGGUCACAUUAGCAUCCAAGGACAUGACAGACAGACAUUCUCCAAUAUUGGCCAAAUCACUCAACCCUACUCCCUAACAAUUUAUUCAGACUACCUGUAUGUGUCUGACACAAGGACCAGAGCAGUGUUCGAGAUGAGGAAGAGGGAUGGGGGAGGUAAUGUUAUGAUCAGACAAGGAAUCACCGGCAUCUUGAACGUCAAGGCCUACACAGCUGACCUCCACAGCGCGUUCACCAGCCGCUGCAAUGUGGUGUCCAACGGGCUCUGCAGCCACUUCUGUUUCCCGACCCCGUCCUUCAGUCGAGUGUGCGGCUGUCCGUAUGGCAUGAAACUUCAGGCCAAUCAGAGGGACUGUAUCAAGGACGAUUCUGUCCCCCCCCCGCCUGACAACAACUGUGGCGACUUCUCUUUUGAGUGUGAUGAAGGACACUGUCGACCCAACUCUUACCGCUGCGAUGGCGUCGCUGAUUGCAUAGACCAGACUGACGAGGCCAACUGCACAGAUACGGGAGCGACCUGCUCUCCGCGAGCGUUCACCUGCAACAACAAGCACUGCAUCCUGUCCAAUUGGCGCUGUGACGGCGUGGACGACUGCGGCGACGGUUCCGAUGAAUUGAACUGCCCCACUAGUCUCCCUAGCACCUGCGCAGCCGGCUACUUUACCUGUGAUAACAACAGGUGUGUCUCUGAAAUAUGGGUGUGUGACGGUAACAACGACUGUGGCGACGGCUCCGAUGAACGGAACUGCAAUUCAACCAUCACUACUUGCCCUCCUGCCUACUUCCUGUGUCCCGACCACCGCUGCAUCCACAACUCAUAUUUGUGUGAUGGAGACCAGGACUGUCUGGAUGGCUCUGAUGAGAAAAACUGCGAGUUUGCCUGUGCCUCCUAUGAGUUUGCCUGCGCCAGUGGUGACCAGUGUGUCACUUCGAGGUAUCGCUGUGACGGAGUGUUUGACUGCAGGGACCAUUCCGAUGAAAGAGACUGUCCCACUCGUGUUCCUGGCCUGUGCCACAAAAACGAGUUCCAGUGCCAGACGGACGGUUUCUGCGUACCAGACGAGUGGGAGUGCGACGGCCACCCGGACUGUGAGGAUGGAUCGGACGAACACAACUCCUGCCCGCCUGUCACGUGCAGGGCCGACUACUUCCAGUGUACCAACAAGCUGUGUGUCCCGUCGGACUGGCUGUGUGACGGCGAGAAUGACUGCCGGGACAUGAGUGAUGAACAGAACUGCCCCACCCCUCCUUUUAGUUGCCCCUCCGGACAGUGGCAGUGCCCCACCGACCUGCUGUGCAUCGACCUGGACAAGGUGUGCAAUGGCCAGAGGGACUGCCCCAAUGGAGCAGACGAGUCGCCUAUCUGCAACCAAGACGACUGUGUUCUAAACAACGGAGGCUGCAGCAACGGCUGUGUCCAAGGACCAUUCGGGGCUCAGUGCACCUGUCCAUCAGGGUUUCAGCUCCUCAACGACUCGAAGACCUGCGAGGACAUCGACGAGUGUCUGAUCCCAGGUUUCUGCAGCCAGCAGUGCUUCAACGAGAGAGGAAGUUUUAGGUGCUACUGCUCACACGGCUACCUCCUCGGGGCCGAUGGACGCACCUGCAAAGCUGCAGACCCACUAGCAGCUGUACUUCUGGUCGCCAAGCGAAGUCAGAUCGUCGCGGACAGGAUCAACAGGAGACCCCCCCUGAUCGUACCAGUGAUCAGCGGUUCAGGCAUCGUUUCCGUGGACUUCGAUCGCGUGACUUCCAGAAUCUACUGGGCAGAUGCCUCACAGAAAAAGAUAUGGAGUGCCUACCAGAACGGCACCGACAGACGGGAAGUGUUCUCCAGCGGUCUGAUGGUACCUGAGAGUAUAGCUGUGGACUGGACGGGUCGCAACCUUUAUUGGACCGACUCUGUCUUGGAAAACAUUGAGGUCUCCACUCUGGACGGUCGAUUUCGGAAAGUCCUCCUCACCAAAAAUGUCACAAGCCCCCGCGGACUAGUUUUAGACCCCCGUAACUACACCAACCUGAUGUUCUGGUCGGACUGGGGUCAGAACCCCAGGAUCGAGCGUGCCAGUAUGGACGGAGCCAUGAGACGAGUCAUUGUCAGUACUAAGCUCUACUGGCCCAACGGCCUGGCCCUGGACUACACCACACGCAGGCUCUAUUUUGCUGAUGCCUACCUCAAAUAUAUUGACUACUGUGACUACGAUGGCAACAACCGCCAUCAGGUCAUGGCAAGUGACCUGGUUCUCCAGCACCCACACGGAAUGACCAUCUUUGAGGACGACAUCUACUGGUCGGAGCGCUACACCAGCAAAGUGAUGAGGACGAACAAGUUCCACGGCGGCAACAUCACCACUUUGAUGAACGACGUCUUCCAGCCCAUGGGCAUCGUUAUGGACCAUCCCAUCAAGCAGCCAACAGCCAUCGACCCAUGCAGAGAACACCUGUGCUCUCAGCUAUGCCUGCUGUCAGGCCUGAGACCCAGGUACUACACCUGCCACUGCCAGUCUGGCUGGAAGCUUGGCGACGACAAACGCACAUGUGUCAAAGAUGAAAUUCCCUUCUUGAUGGUGGUGAGAGAUUCUGUGAUAUUUGGCAUUCCUCUGGACCCCACUGACCCUUCCAACAAUGCCAUGGCCCCCGUGUCAGGCAUCAGCCAGGGGAAGGACAUCGACUUUGAUGACCAGGAGCAGUUACUCUAUUGGGUGCAGAGCACUGGUUCUAUAUGGCAAGUGAAAACCAGCGGUGCCAACAGGUCCGAGUUUGCUCCGGCUGCUUUCAUUGGCUCGCCGUCUGGUUUGGCUUUUGAUUGGAUAAGCCGUUUAAUGUUUUACACCAAUCCGACUGGGAAAGCCAUCGAGGUUAUCCGUGUGGAUGGAGACCAGCACUAUAGGAAGACCCUCAUCACCUCCACCGGUAAACCGGAGGGAACAGGAGAGCCCUUGGGAAUAGCCCUGGAUCCAGCUCGAGGGAAAUUGUUCUGGACAGACAAAGGCGCAGACAAUGGAGUUCCUCCAAAGGUUGGCAGUGCCGACAUGGACGGAGGAAACCUAACCAACCUCUACACGGGCAACCUGGCCAACAUUGGAUUCAUCGCCGCUGACGUCUCUACCAUGAAACUGUACUGGGGCGUGUCGGGCUCAGGGGUGAUUGAGAGUGGCACCAUGGACGGAGUAACGCGGGUGAUUGUGGUGAGGGGCCUCUCCCAUCCUUGGGGCCUGACGAUCCACCAGAACCACCUCUACUAUACCGACCUGGACUACGAGGUCAUUGAGAGGGUGGACAAGCACAACGGUGCUAACAUGUCGGUGAUGAGGAGCGGGAUGUCCGGCCUGCGCGCCCUCAAAGUACACGCCAGAGACAACUCCGCAGGGACCACCAACGCCUGCAGCUCCAACAACGGGGGCUGUCCCCACCUGUGUCUACCCAAACCCGGCAAUCAAAAAACCUGUGCCUGUACCACAGGCUUCAACCCGACCCAAGACGGAUCUCGCUGUGAACAGUAUGAGUCUCUCGCAAUUGUCUCCGCUACCAACUACAUCCGUGGCUUCCACAUAAACAGCUCCGACCACUCUGAGGCAAUGGUGCCUGUCGGUGGAACUUCCUACUCCAUUAAAGGCAAUUUGGAUCUCCAUGUUGAAUCUGGCUUUGUAUACUGGGCUGACAACAGCACCUCCCCCCCAUUCAGGGGCAUCUUCAGAGCCAAAACAGAUGGGGGUCAUUACAGCACCGUCCUCAACUCAGGCGUUGGAAGGGGAGGCAUCCCGGGCCUUGCUGUGGACUGGGUUGCGGGAAAUGUAUAUUUCACCAACGCCUUUGAGAGCGAGACCUUCCUCGAGGUGCUUUCAAUCAACACCACCUACCGAAUGAUUCUCCUCAAGUCUUCCCAAGACCGGCCCCGGGACCUGGCCGUAAGCCCCAAGCUGCGCUACCUCUUCUGGACCGACGGGGGCCAAACGCCCAAAAUUGAGCGGGCCCUGCUCGAUGGCACCAACCGCACUGUGUUGGCAUCAGAAAGCCUAGCGUCACCUCGGGGCCUUACCAUUGAUUAUACCAACGAUUUCCUCUACUGGACGGAUGACGUGCUUGAUAUGAUCUCCAGAAUGGCUACAGACGGCACACAGAGGCAGAUUGUCCGGUUUGGGAGCCGGUAUCCAUCGCCGGUGGGGAUGGCUAUUUUUGGAAACUACAUGCUGUGGGUGGACACAAAGCUUGGGAAGCUCUUACAGGCCAGUAAGGACCCAGCUAAUGCCGACCAGCCAGAGGUAAUUCGAGACAAUCUCGAGGGGCUGAUGGAUGUCUCGGUCUUUGACGCUCAUGUCCAGCCUACGUCCGCCAACCAGGUGGGCUUUAACCCGUGCCAAGAGGACAACGGACGCUGCCAGCAGCUCUGCUUCGCCAUGCCGGGCCAGGAGCAGCCAAAGUGCGGCUGUGCACACGGGUCGCUCCUUAGCAACGGAGUGACGUGUGGUUACGGACAAGAGGAGUUUUUAGUUUUCACCACGGAUUACACGCUGAACAGCCUGAGGUUGGAUCCUUUGGACCACAGCGCCCCCUAUCCGGUGGUGAACCUGGGCUACAACUUGAUGGCUUUGGAUUAUGACUUCAAGGAGAAGAGAAUCUUCUUCACCCAGUAUUUGGGAAUUGGAGGGAGCAGAAUUGGCUACGUCACCACGACAUCCAUCACCACUGCGCCCGUCCUCCUAGCUACAGAUUUGGAUGACCCAGAGGGAUUGGCGUAUGAUUGGGUCAACAAGCGUCUCUACUUCACCGACUACUACAGCCGCAAUGUCCAGUCCAUCGGGGCGGACGGGGCGAACCGCUCAAUCGUUGCCCACGCAAAUCGUCCCAGAGGCAUCGUCGUGGACCCGUGCUACGGUUACCUGUACUGGACUGACUGGGGCUUUCCGGCUCAAAUUGAGAGAGCCACGCUGGGUGGAAAAUUCCGGACUCCGAUCAUCAACAGCAGCCUCACGACGCCCAACGGCUUGACCCUGGAUUAUGAGGAGAGGAUGCUUUACUGGGCGGACGCCUCAUUAAAUAAGAUCGAAAGGGCCACUCUCACCGGCGCCAACCGACAAGUGAUCCUGCUGGGGGUCCAGUACCCGUACGCUAUGACUGUCUUCCAGCAAGACAUCUUCUGGACUGACUGGACGGAGAAAGCCGUCUUCAGGGCGGGGAAAGUCGAUGGGUCUGGCGUAACAGUGCUGGCCCAGGACCUGCAGUACCGACCAAACGACAUCCACGUUUAUGCCGCGUCGAAGCAGGAGAGCUGCUCCAGCUCCUGUCAGCAGUUCAACGGAGGCUGCAGUAAUGUCUGUGUCCCCGGUCCAUUGGGCCCAGAGUGCCAGUGUCCUCAUGAGGGGAAGUGGUACCUGGCCAACAACGGCAAAGACUGCAUUGAAGACACAGGGAAACGCUGUCAGCCGGAGCAGUUCAGCUGUCUCAACGGGAACUGCAUCUCGGCCCGCUGGAAGUGUGACGGCCACGACGACUGCCAGGACAACUCGGAUGAGCUGCAGAGAGUGUGCGCCUUCCACACCUGCUCAGCCACGGACUUCACCUGCGACAACGGCCGCUGCGUGCUGCUCAGCUACGUCUGCGACUACGUCGACGACUGUGGAGACAACAGCGACGAGCGAGGCUGCCCUUUCCCCACGUGCAACCCCGCCACCGAGUUCACCUGCGCCAACGGACGCUGCAUCAGCGCAGCCCUCGUCUGCGACGGCCACAACGACUGCAGAGAGAACACCACCUCGGACGAAAUCAACUGCCCUGACAGGUCGUGUCCUGCAGACCAAGUCAAGUGUGAACGCAACAACAUCUGCAUCUACCCUGAAAGCCUGUGUGAUGGCUACAACAACUGUGGAGACAACAGCGAUGAGAAUCCUCUCUUCUGCGCGGGGCGCACAUGUUCUACGGAUCAGUUCCGCUGUGACGAAGGGAAAUGCAUCCCCGACUCCUGGGUGUGUGACUCCAUCCAAGACUGCAGUGAUGCGACAGACGAACCUCUUUCCUGUAAGGAUCAAAUCAGAACAUGCGGUCCCAGCCAGUUCACCUGUACGAAUGGAAACUGCAUCCCCCAGUCGUUGGUCUGUGAUGGGAAUAAUGACUGCUGGGACACAAGUGACGAGGCUCCUGAACUACAAUGUGGCCAACAAACCUGCAGUUCCGACCAGUUCACCUGCCCCACAUGGUUUCCCAGCUACCCGCGCUGUGUGCCGCUCAGCUUUGUGUGUGACGGAGAGAAAAACUGCGCCAAUGCGGCGGACGAGCUCCAUAACUGCCCCAACCGCACCUGCCACAUGAACGAAUUCGCCUGUUCCAACGGGAUUUGCAUCCUCCUCCCCUACCACUGCGAUCGCGUGAACGACUGCGGCGACGGCAGCGACGAGCUGCACUGCGCCUACGACACCUGCAGCAGCCACCAGUUCACCUGCGGCAACGGAGCCUGCAUCCCCGCCUCCUUCACCUGCGACGGGCAGAGCGACUGCACGGACGGCUCGGAUGAGGCGGAGAGCCUGUGCGCCCCGCCCCGGCCCACCUGCGCUCCGCAGCAGUUCAUGUGCAAGUCGGGCGAUUGCAUCGACGUCGGCAAGGUGUGCAACGGACAAAAAGACUGCGGGGACAACAGCGACGAGAAAGGCUGCGGAGUCAACGAGUGCCUCAACCCAUCAGUCCACAAGUGCGCCCAGCUGUGCACCGACACGCUCACCGGUUACUACUGCUCCUGCCAGCCGGGCUACCGGCUCAUGCCGGACGGCAAAGCCUGCGAGGACCUCGACGAGUGUUCCAGCACACCCGCCGUCUGCAGCCAGAUCUGCGAGAACACAGUCGGCUCGUUCCACUGCAAAUGCGCCCCCGGGUACGUCCGCGAGCCGGACGGACGCACCUGUCGCCAGAACAGUGGCGUCGCCCCGUACCUGUUGUACAGCAAUCGCUACUACAUCCGCAAUUUGACCACCGACGGGUCACUUCUGAGCAUCGUCCUGCAGGGGCUUUCCAAUGUGGUGGCGCUAGAUUUUGACGACUACGAGAAGAGGCUUUAUUGGCUGGACGCGGGGGCGGGAAGGAUCGAGCGGAUGCGUUUUGAUGGCACCGACAGGGAGACUCUGGCGGAUGACGAUGUAUUCGGAGCUGAAGGCCUGGCACUGGACUGGGUGGGCAGGAAGCUGUACUGGCUGGACGGUUAUUACGGCUCAGUCCACGUGAUGGAGCUGGAUGGACGCUACCAGAAGAGACUGCUGUCAGGAGAAUUCACUGAUGGAAACGCCACUUACCCUAUCAGCCGGCCCCGUGCUGUGGCCGUUAACCCCAAAUACGGAUGGCUUUACUGGACCGACUGGGGUGACACAGCAUAUAUCGGCAGAGUUGGCAUGGACGGACACAAUGUCAGCGCCCUCAUAACGAGCAAGCUGGAGUGGCCCAGUGCUCUGACCAUCGACUACACCACCAACAACAUCUUCUUUGCUGAUUCCCACCUCAGCUUUCUGGACUUUGCAGACAUGAACGGCCAGAACCGACACCGAGCCAUCGCCGGUGCGCUUCCCCACGUCUUUGCCGUUUCCCUGUUCGAGGACUGGGUCUACUGGACGGACUGGAACACACAUACAGUAGAGAAGGCUCACAAGUACACUGGCGAGCAGCGCACAGUCAUGGGCAACAACACACAUCGGCCAUACGACAUUCGCGUGUUCCACCCCUACAGGCAGCCCCGCAGUGAGAACCCCUGCUCCUCCCAUCACCUGACCUGCAGUCACUUGUGUCUGAUUGCCCCCGGUGGGGAACAGGCUACCUGCCAGUGCCCCGAUAACUUCAUCGGCCUCUCGGUGGGCUUCAAGAUCCAGUGCGUCGCCGACUGCUCCAGCACCCAGUUCCGCUGUGGAGACAAUGAGAAGUGCGUCCCCAUAUGGUGGAAGUGCGACGGCCAGUCGGACUGCGGCGAUGGCUCGGACGAGCCUCAGACCUGCCCGCCCCGCUAUUGCCCCGUCGGCCAGUUCCAGUGUCGCGACGGCAACUGCACCUACCCCGGCUUCAUCUGCGACGGCCAUCCGGACUGCCCCGACAGCACCGACGAGGACGCCGCUCUUUGCAGCGACCACCGAUGCCAAGAAAACCAGUUCCAGUGUAAAAACAAGAAGUGCCUCCCCGUGUCCUGGCACUGCGACGGCGUGAGCGACUGUUCGGACGCAAGCGACGAGGACGCAGAGACUUGCUCCCAGAGGACAUGCAAACCGGGAGAGUUCCGGUGCGGCAACGGGCGCUGUCUUCCGUCGGGCUACGUGUGCGACGCCCAGGACGACUGUGGGGACGGAUCCGACGAGCCGUAUGAAACCUGCAUGGGUCCAGACUAUAAGUGCGACGAGGAAACUGAGUUUUCCUGCAAGACGAACUACCGCUGCGUCCCUCAAUGGGCCCGCUGCGACGGCACCAACGACUGCAUCGACAACAGCGACGAGCAAGGCUGCGAGGAGGUGACCUGCGAUCCUCUGGGAGAUUUCCGAUGUGAAAACCACCGCUGCGUUCCCAUCCGAUGGCAGUGUGAUGGCACCGACGACUGUGGCGACAGCUCGGAUGAAAGAAACUGCCAGCCGCGGCCCUGCUCCGAGAGUGAGUUUCGAUGUGACAACGCGCAGUGCAUCCCUGGCAACUGGGUGUGUGACCACGACAACGACUGUGGGGAUCAGUCCGACGAACGCGACUGCGAGUUGAACACGUGUCGUCCGGGGCGCUUCCAGUGCGACUCGGGUCACUGCAUCCCCGCCGCUCUGCAGUGUGACGGCCGGCCGGAUUGUCAGGACCUGACGGACGAGACCAGCUGUCCCACCCGUUACCCAGGAGGCCGUUGGUGCCCUCAAAGCCAGUUCCAGUGUGCGAACCAUCUGUGUGUGAGCCAGGGCUGGGUGUGUGACGGAGUCGAUGACUGUGGGGAUCGCUCUGAUGAGCAGCUCACUUUAUGCUUGAAUGUGACCUGCGAGAUGCCGUCCAGGUUCCGCUGUGCAAACGGUUACUGCAUCUACUCCGGCCUGCUGUGCAACCAGAAGGACGAGUGCGGCGACGGCAGCGACGAGAAGGAAGAACUCUGCCACGAGCCCACGCUGCCGCCCUGCACGCUGGAACAGUUUAAAUGCACCAACGGACAAUGCGUCGCCCUGCCGUACGUGUGUGACCACAACGACAACUGUGGGGAUCGCACGGACGAAUUGGGCUGCAAUUUUGGCAACGAACGCAACUGUGAAGAGAAGCUGUGCCAGCACGAGUGCACCAACCUGAACGGCACCGGCUUCAUCUGCUCCUGCAGGCCGGGAUACAGAGUGAACCCAGACAGCACCUACACCUGCCUGGACAUCGAUGAGUGUGCGGCGUGGGGCACCUGCCCUCAGGUCUGCAAGAACACAAAGGGCGGCUACGACUGCGAGUGUGCCCCCGGUUACCGAAAAGUGGGCGACGGCAACAAGUGCGAGGCCGAGGGAGCGACGCCCUUGAUGCUUCUACCAGAGAACAUUCGCAUCCGGAGGUUCAACCUGCAGACGGAGACCUACCACGACUUCCUACUCGAGGAGGAGCGCAUCGUGGCUCUGGACUACGACUGGGACCACAACCACACCGGGUUCAGUAUGGUGUAUUUCACCGUGGCCGGUAAGGACUCCGAAGCGGGCGCCAUUAAGAGAGCGUACAUCCCUUCAGCGGAUGACGGCAGUAACAACAUCGGUGCUGCUGUCGACCUCGGCAUCAAAUACAUCACCAGACCAGGCGGCGUCGCUGUGGACUGGGUGGGCAGGAACCUUUACUGGGCAGAUUCCGGAUUGAAGCGGCUGGAGGUGGCCAUGCUGGACGGACGCUACAGGAAGCAGCUGGUUAAGACUGAGCUGGGCCAGCCGUCUGCCGUGGCCGUCAACCCGCGACUGGGGAUGUUGUACUGGGCGGACCGGGGGGACGCGGCCAAGAUCGAGCGUUCUUGGCUGGACGGUCAGGAGCGGACGGUGUUGGUGGCCGACGGCCUGGGUUGGCCCACUGGCCUGUCGAUCGACUUCACCAACGGCGACAGGAUCUACUGGUCCGACUCCAAGGAGAGCCGCAUCGAGUCGGUGCUGCCGUCAGGAGGCGACCGCAGAACGGCCGUGUACAUAGAUGUGAGAAACCCCUUCAGCGUGAGUGUGUUCGAGGACCACGUCUACUGGAGCACCCAGGAGAAGGGCGAGGUGUUCCGGCAGGACAAGUUUGGCCGCGGGGCAAAGGCCAAGCUGUUGACGGGCGGGCCGUGGCUCACGCAGGUGUCGGUGUACCAGCAGCAGAGAUACAACUCCAUAGCCAUGAAGAAUCCGUGUAAGGGAACCUGCAGCCACCUGUGUCUGCUCCGGCCUGGGGGGUACACCUGCGCCUGCCCCCAGGGCACCGACUUCACACCCGGCAGCAACACGGAGUGUGAUGCUGGGUUCGAUCCUCCCCCCACCAUGCCCCCACCGUGUCAGUGUCAAAACGGAGGCACCUGCUACUUUGACGACAACGAGGCUCUUUGCAUAUGCUCUGCAGACUGGACCGGAGAGUACUGCCAGAUAAACGUGCACAACGUGGUUGCAUCCUCAAUUGGCAUAGCGAUCGGGGUGACGGUGUUGAUUGUGGUUCUGCUGGUCGCUCUGGUCUACGCUGCCAGAAAGAAGUCCAACCUGAUGGAGAGAGUAUGGAGCAGCUUGCCCAGUAUGCCCAGUAUGCCCAGUAUGCCCAGUAUGCCAUCUAUGCCCAACCUCCCAAGCUUCAGAAACCGCUCAUCUCCAAAUGCGUCAUCAGAGGGACGUGAGACGAGGCUGAAUGGUGAAGCGGUUCCCUCUAUGUCCGUGUCCAUGGCGGAAACAGAUGGGAGGAGUUUUGAGAACCCAGGAUAUGCACAACCUGUUGCCAUGGAGACCGUAGCAACCCACUUCGCUCCCGAUGAACCAAACAAGGUGAACAUAAGUAAUCCUUUGUACACGGAGGACGAGCCCACAAGAAGUGCUAACAAACCCGUCACUGUCAACGAGGAGUCUUUCCAGAACCCGGCAUACGGCUCGGACCUGGAAGACGUCGUCAUCACUUCUACACAAGCGGCUGCUUCCGGCACACGGGUGUCUGAACCCAUUCGGGGCGACACUUUUGCGUCUUUCCAGAACCCCACAUACAUGGAGGACGCACCGGAUUCUGAAAUUUGAUCCAGAGAUUAGACCGUGUCCGUGCUUCAGAUCUGAAACUUUCAUUCAUUCUCGUUGGUGUAUGUAGCGAGCAACCAGCCGAGCAUUUUCUAACACUGACAGAUCCAAACCAAUGAGUCAAUAUAAAUCUGCAUAGAUUUCCAUGUUAUUUGUGCAAAACAAAAAUCAGACAUGGUUUACUGCAAUUAAUAAUAACACAAAAAACAAAAAAUUAACAGAAACUUGUGAAUGACUGUUUAUGAUUGAUUUGUUUUAUAUCUUUAUUUUCAUGGUGAUUUUGAGGAACUGGAAUAUUAAAGCGCCCGUUAUCAUAACUUUC